UAUUCAAUUUUAUUUUGGCGAUGGCGAGCUUGGAUGAAAAGUGGAAAGCUGUGGACAACUUUAAGUCUGUUGUGGUAGAUCGUGAAAGAGAUGUUGUUCGAGUGACAAAAGAACUGUAUGAUCUUCAUAGCAACAGAGAACAACUCAGGGUUGUAACAAGUAGUAACAACUAUCGCUUGACCAUACCAUUCGCUCCGCACAUGUUCGGUUCUGGCAAGACCACGUUUUAUGUAACCUAUUUGGAGUUGGUGCGAUGGUUUAGUGAAACUUCCCUGUCGACUUUUGCUUGGAACCCUUUGAGGAGAACCUUUCUGGAGAAGCUGAAAAGGGCUUCGUUGCUUUACAUCGACCUAAGGCUGCUAAAGCCCACUCUCCCCACCGAAGAAAAACGCAACCUUGAGUGGGCAGUCUACUAUUUGUUAAUAAAGGUUGCUUGUCUGCAGUCAGGUCUUCCGCAACCAGACCCGGACGAAUGUUUCAAGGAACUGAAACUUAGGACUGAUGCUGUGGUUCAGAAAUUCCGUUCAAUCUUAAACAUUCCUUCGGAUCAAUAUCUUCUUAUAGCAUUUGACGAAGUUGGUGUCCUAGACGAAAGUCUCGACGAAUUUCAUUUCAAGAGAACCCACGACGGCAGAGUUCGACCUUACAACGACUUUUUCGGUAUCAUUAGUCAAUUGUGCGAAGAACCCGACUUGUUUUUUAUAGUUGUUGGGAAAAGUGAAGGCUUAAAUAUAUACAAUUACGUAGCUUCAGUCUCAAGGGUUCAGUUAGUAUUUAUUCCUCUUUCGCCGCUUGAGAAACAUAGUAUCGUGGAACAUUUGGAGAAAAGUUCUUCCUUUUUAUUCACUGGGAGCCCAAAGGUUUCAGAAAUUCUUUGUCACGAAGACUUCUCAACUAGUGAACUUGCAGAAUUGUUGUUGGAAUUGACUGGUGGUGUUCCUGGUUUACUUGUUCGAGCAAUCAGUUACCUUUUGCUGUAUAAAUCAUCCAACAACAAUUUCUUAUUAUCUAAGGAAACCUUCUUGAUCAUAAUGAAUAGCUUUCUAGUAACAAAUUAUUGUGUUGCGCCAUUCUUACCUCGUCUGAUAAGUCUCAGUGAGCAGCGUAAGCGCUUGUUAAGAAUGCUUACGUUAUUAUCUUUGUAUCGUAUUCGAUUUGAUUUUGAUGAAACUGUGCAAAUAAGCUCCAAUUCUGAUGUGUUUUUGUUUGACCUAGUUACAGAUAUGUAUCUCUAUCGUCGAUUGGUUAUAGAACCAGACCGCAACGAACGCUAUGAAGUAUUGAUUCCCAAGUUACUGAUUGAAUAUAUUGACCAAGGCUUAAAGGAUGAUCGUUUAGAAUGGUUACUUUUACAAACCCUCAAGUCUCAAUCUGUUGAAUUCUUUUAUGAGUCGAAAUGUCGAAUUUUGGAAGGUCUUAUUGCUACACUGUUUUAUUUACACUUUUCUCGGCGUCCUACAAACAGCUCAAUGUUUUCUACUCUUGGUCAAUUGUCUCAUGUUUGGAAUGAAAUGAAUUUACAAUUUUCUUCCGAAUCUGCUGCUUAUUAUAUGAAAUCUAUACAUAAUACCAGAACUGUAUUAGGAACAGAGAGAAUGACAUUUGGAAGCAAUGAUGAAUGGGAAAGGAUAGUGGAAGAAAUGUUAGAACUUGAAAAGAUAUAUAUUCCAUUUCAUUCAACAUUCCAUAGUCCAGAUAUAUUAUUCAAGUUGCAUGGAAGAACGAAUGAGAAGAACUUGAUGAUUGUGGGUAUUGCUUGUAAAGGCCGAUGGAGUCGUAAUGAACUA